CUGACUGUAACUGUUGUGUCAACAGCAGCUCUACCAUCCUCCCACACUACAACAGUAUCGGUACUAAACACAAUGGGGCUGUAAUGUCAGUGAGGGGCGAUCUUGGAACAUCUUCUCAAGAGUACUGAUUCUGUGUAUGGAUUUAAUGAUGAUGAAAAAAAAGAAAUUUAAGUUCAAGGUGGACUUUGAGCUGGACGAUCUCUCGUCGGUCCCCUUCGUCAACGGUGUCAUUUUUUGUAAAGUCAGGCUGCUGGACGGCGGGUUCUCCGAGGAGUCUUCUCGGGAGCCAGUGCAGGCCAACUGUGUUCGAUGGAGGAAACGGUUCUCUUUCCCCUGCAAGAUGAGUGCCAAUGCAGGGACAGGUGUACUGGACCCUUGUAUGUGCCGUGUGUCUGUCAGAAAGGAGCUGAAAGGUGGGAAGGCAUAUGCAAAGCUUGGUUUUGCAGAUCUGAAUUUAGCAGAGUUUGCCGGCUCAGGGAAUACAACCCGCAGAUGUCUGCUGGAAGGCUACGAUACCAAAAAUACUCGCCAGGAUAACUCCAUUCUCAAGGUCAUCAUCAGUACACAGCUCAUGUCAGGGGAUCCUUGUUUUAAAACGCCUCCCUCCACAGCCACAGUGAUCGGGAUCCAGGGUGAUGGAGAGAGCCUGCUGGAGGAGAGGAGGGGAGGGGACUCACAGAAAGGCUGUUCUGAGAGUCGAGAAGGGAAGUGUCCUGUUGUUUCUGAUGAGCUUGGGGGCUGCGGCCACUCCCGAACGUCCAGCUACGCCAGCCAACAGUCCAAACUUUCAGGAUACAGCACAGGUCACUCCCGCUCCUCCAGCAUGUCAGAGUUCAGCCACCGGAGAAACCAUUCGGUGGGCAGCGCCUCAACGGGCAUCGGCAGCCUCCCAGAGCCCAGCGAGGACCGAGACAGAGAGUCCAGACCCUGUCCUGCUCUGCCUGAACACCCGGUCCCCACCACCAACAACCCAGCGGGUACACCAGUACGGAGCGCCUCGUCCUGUGAACGACUCAACAGACACCCUGUGAAGCAGGACUCCAUGGAGUCUCAGCUAAAAAGAAUGGACGACACGCGGGUGGAUGCUGACGAUGUUGUGGAAAAGAUUCUCCAGAGUCAAGACUUUACACCCAGCCUACUGGACUCCAGUGCUGAAGAGGAAGGCUUGCGUCUGUUUGUUGGCCCUGGGGGAAGCACAGCCCUCGGAAGCCAUCACCUUCCCACCAGGGUUGGUGCUGGAGCGUACGAGCAGGUGGUCAUAAAGCGUUAGACCGGCAGCGUCUCAGAGGUGGACUGACACUGCUUACAUAAAAAAAACUGGAGGCAAGGCUGUGUCAAUUUCACUCUGCAUUCCUACAGCACAACCGUUACCUGAUCAGCAGCACCGUCUCUGACCUGAUCAUUCUGUGAGCGGGUGACAUUACAACAGUGCCCUCCUGUGUUCAUAUCUCCUGUAUGACACUGUAGCUCCCUGAUAGAUUUUUGAUUUUUAAGAGUGAGAGGUAAGCAGUUAUUAUCUCAGUUUAAACAUACAGCUAUGAAUUAAGUGAAAUGAAACAUUGGCCAUUAACAUGUAUAUAACUGAAACUGUCCACUCCUUUCUGGGUGUAGAUUAGCCUCAUCUUUUGAGGUCAACUUUAUUAGAAACUGGAAGAAAACGAUUAGUCUUUCUCUCUAAUGGAGGACACCGGGGAGGGCUAUAUGUGUGCAUCAUCAGAACAAAUGGAAAUCUACACUGAAGAGGAGUAUGCAAUGCGCUUUCAAUACAUUCCUUUAGUCUCUCAGUGUUUGUUUCAGACUUCCUUUUCAAAUAGGACGUUGUAUUUAAUAUUAGCCUAUAAGCUGCUAAAAAGUUGUAGUUGUUGGCACUCUGACAACCGUUGGUGUUUUGAAGUUGAGAGUAUUUUACUACAAAGACGAGGCAUCAGACUUAAGCUACUUGAUGAGUGAACGUGGACUGUGUGAAUGUGUACGUGUCCGCUAUGUGACAAGACCACUUUUAUUAGUAGUAACCGUUAUCCUGUUAUCUUGGAUGAUUGGAGGGAUGUGACAUGAUCUCCUGUAAGGAAUGCUAUAUUGGUACUUGCAAAAAGAAAAUGGGAGAACAUGACAAUUUGCUUUCUAGUAAUCAUAACGGGUCCUUGUUCUCAUUUGUUCGCGGAGCUAUGUUUUAGAAAGUCCUACACUAGUAAUCUGCCCUACAAAGGCAAAACACAGCAACAUAUAUGUUCAAAACUUUUUGUUCAAAGAGUUUUUUAAUCCAACUUUCUGACUAUACUGAUAUUGAUAAUCCAGUUUCUUGAAUUCAUAUCUUAGCAGAUUUUAGUAAACUCCAUCUUUGCUUUUGACUCUAGUGACAUUCAUGUAUACAUAUUUAUAUGUAUAACAUUGUAAAUUAUAUUUAUUUCACUAUAUAUUAAUAUUAAUAAUAGAUGUACAGACACCCAGCAAAACAGAUACAUUUAAUUAUCAUAAUUUAAAGACUGAAUAAUGAGAAAAGUUUAUUUUCGUAAACAAAAAUAGUUUAAAAGGACAGGAAAGCUGAAAAAACACAUUCUGUUGGUACAUACUGUGUUUUCCCCCUAAGUUACUGCUGUCUGCCUUUGUAGGGCAGUUGAUACCGAAAAUAAAAAAGGGGCUUCUGUGAUGAAUAUUACUAUAAGAAGGGCAUAUAUCUAAUGUCAAGCGUUUCAGCCAUGUAUCUAUUGUAUACCUAUGCUUUGCAACUUAACUACAUCUUUCUGAGCUGGCCUGCUGACCAGGAAGCUUACAUCAGUGAACAAAUGGAAGAUCCUGUGACGUACUAACAAUUUAAUUAAUGUGUAACUGAAGCAUACUGUAAUUUGUUUCACUUAAGGAUUGUACAGAGGACUAGUUAAGUAAUCCACUGCCAUAAGGAAAAUACUCAACAGCACCUGUUUUUAAAAAGGCCUAGAGUACUAGUUUUGUGCGUGUAUCUAUACCUCCUAACAUCUUAACUGUAAGAUUUGAGAACAGUCUUAAAACUAGUAUAAUUAACCAAUGCAAUCAUAGUCUUGCAUUGCCAGACCUAUCUCCACAGCGCUGUGUCAGUGCUGGAGUAUGGUCUGGCUGCACUGCUUAAUUUUCUGGGGGGGGGGGGGGGUUCUUUACACCAAUCACAAUCGGAGGAAGGGGAGGAACAAAGACUGACAAUGAUGUCAGACAUCUGGUAAACCAGACUAAUGCAAUCAAUACAUGAACCAUUAGUGCUACAGACAAAAAUAUAAUCUAAAAACAUACACAAAUAUAUAUCUGCUGAGUUUUGAGCUCCUGAUGUUGUCAUGAGCAUUCACUAUUUGCAUUUCCAGCCUAUUAGAAGAUUAAGUGCACAAUUUAUUCAUUUUAUUAGCAAAUUAGCCAAAGUACACAACACACUGUUAUUACCUGGAAGCCUGUUAGGCCUAUGCAUAAUGCGAAUACUAGAUGCAUUAUAACUAGUGAAAACAGACUGUACAGCAUCUGUAAUAUUCUGUCUCCUGUCAUAAGCCAUAUUAGAGGUAGGAUAACUCCUCCAAGAUAAACUAUAUACAUGUUAAAUCAAUAUCUGCACAUGCAUUAUCAGUGUAUGGUGUUUUAACUAUACGUCAGUGUUCUCUGUUUUUAUGUCUGUAUGUUCUGCAUGAUUAAGACAUCCUUUUGUUAGCUUGCAGAACUUAAAACCUGUUUUUUUUUUUCUAAUAUUAAUUGUGCCAUCUUUUAAUCUGAAUAUUACCACAUUGAAGGAACAAUUUCGCUUGCCUAUUUAGCAUGUGGGAAAACAUUUUGUUCUCAUUACUUCAUGUUAAAAAACGAUAUCUGUGCAGUGUAUGAUGUAACUGUAAAUCAGUGUUCUCAUUUUGUUUCUAUUUUUGGCAAGGUGUAAAUGUCCAAUGUUGAAAAAUCACAUCUGUGAAGAUAUCAUCGUCUUUGUUUUUAAAUCUUUCAUUGCUGAUAUUGUGCCAUAUUUUUGCUAAAUAUUUUUAUUGUGAAGACAAAAAAAGGGUUAACACUACAUAGUUAAGACAGUGUUAAGUGCAUGAUUUAUGGCUACCAAAUAACUAUCGGAGAUGUUUUUGUUUUACCUGUGUGACACAGGUAUAAUUAUCAUGGUACCUAACAUGUUGUUACAAACAUGGUUUCUUCUUCUCUUCUGUGAAGCUGUUGUCUAUGUCUAAAACUGUUAAAUGUAUUCUCCUGUAAAGUGAUGUUCUGCGCUGUUCUGACACUGUCCACACUUGUGCUUUCGACCAACAUUUGCUUCUUUAACAUGUGUACUGGAUGCUUCAAAUGUGUACCUUGCACUGUUAAAUAAAACCGUUAAAAACCUUGA